AUGGUGGAUGACGUCCUCGGUCGAGGUGAGAUCCUUUGCUGGCAGGACGUCGCCGGUUGGCUAGCUGCUGAACGCGCGAAGGUUGACAUGGAGGAGAUAACGAGGAAGUACGCACGACAACUCGUCCUGAAUUUGUUUACCGGGAUGGACGCAGACCCCGGGAGCAAAUCACGAUUGGUCCGAGCCGACGGAGCGCAAGGAGACGCACGCGAGCGGGAACUCUUCCUCUUCCCAAACACCCUUAGUGACAAGCAUCUCGUUGACUUAAUGCUGCGUGCUCGACGUAGUGCACCCGCACAGCCACCAUCCAACCAGCUAGCUGAUAAGGGUGGGUCUCUCGAGUCGAUUCUGAAGGAAGUCGAGAAGGACACGGAGGACGCAGACGCACGGAUGUCCGUCGUGCGGGCAGCUGGUAGAAUUGUUCGAGCCGACGUGGAGAGUGACCCUGCCCUGAAGAACACCACCGGCACACGCGAGAAGUAUCGCUACGCCGAUGAGUUGGACAUGAAAGUGAAGCCACCCAGAGAGACUCUACUAUCCACGUUUCCGCCGUCCUUGGUUGGGUUGUACCAAAGCAUGACGGACAUGACACUGUAUCGCGAGAUCAUCGUAUCAGAGACCGUACAUCCUGGAGAGCCCUGGGUAUGGCAGACCGAAGGGCGAGACGGACGCCAUCCUACCACCUCGGCCGACUUGGAGGGCGAGAACGGUGAUGGAGAAAAGAAGAACGAGGCCAGGCAUAUCGACAGCCUCAACCGCGACAGGCGAUCCACGCAUCGUAGGCUUCUGGUGAUGUGCACGGUGGUAGUGAAGGCAAUUUUGCGUGGUCGGUACAUGGGUUCGCACGACAUCAAAGGGGCUCAGUGGGCAAAGUCUAAGGGACAAGAGCAGCUUGGGAGGACCGAGAAACUUAGAGAGUGCUCUCGGACCUUCGACCCGAAGUCAACGGACCCUGUUCCUUCGUUACAGUAUGGACCCUGGCUUCGAGCCGAUGGCAAGGCGGCGCGGGACGGAAUUGCCGCCUACCUCGCCAUCCGCGUGCUAGCUGAUGAAGACUGGACCGGCGACACCAAGCCGAACGGAAUCGUCGCAUUCUAUGGCGUCGGGGGUGAGCCUGGUCUGAGUGCUGAUCAUCCAGCUGGUGUAGAUGCGGAGGGCGAAGACCUUGAGAUGGGAGGGAUAAGUGCCGCGGAGGCGCUUUCCGGAACCGAACCACUCCUGCACUUUCGAAACGGAAACGACUCUAUUCCUGGGGUCGAGCGGCAGCGAGGCCCGGACAUCGGCGAGGCGGAGCUCUCCGUGAUACACUUCAUCGUUUGGGCGAAGAAGUAUUGGGGGAAAAGCUUCGACAAGUGGAUCGUUUCAUCGGUAGACACGGACCUAUGGAUGAUCAUNAAGCUCUCCGUGAUACACUUCAUCGCUUGGGCGAAGAAGUAUUGGGGGAAAAGCUUCGACAAGUGGAUCGUUUCAUCGGUAGACACGGACCUAUGGAUGAUCAUUCUACUGGCGAUGACCACUGGUUGGCUCCGGCCUCGUGGCGAGGGGGCGGUUGACGUGACCGUCCAGAGGGUCGUGGGUGGCGAGACCAAGUUCCUGUGGAUGAACAGAGUGUUCGCCAGCAUCUGCGAACUCCAGGAUGGAAGCGAGUCCGCGUGGCCGCCAUUGACCUUCAGGGGCUGGAUCCCCACGGACAACGACAAGGUCCGUCUGUUCGUCCUAACGUUCCUGGAGUCGGGCUGUGACUACCUCCCGGCAAUUUCCGGGCUGCCGUUCGACAAGAUGUGGGUACUGGCCCUCAAGAGCGUGCGAACGGAGGGUUUAUUUGACAAGCCGCUGUUCUUCGAGGAGCAGGAUGGUACGUGGGCCGUGGAAGUCGACGAAUGCGCGAAGCUUUUGGCGACCAUGUUCUUCUACAAGGAUGAAGCGGCGUUUGGCACUGCUCAUUUGACUCCAGCCCAGCUGGUCGAAAGCGUUGACGGCGACGUCGAGGGCUACGUGGACGUGAUCCGCUACGCCAUCCUCCAACUCCCCAAGAAGAAGANUACGUGGGGCGUGGAAGUCGACGAAUGCGAGAAGCUUUUGGCGACCAUGUUCUUCUACAAGGAUGAAGCGGCGUUUGGCACUGCUCAUUUGACUCCAGCCCAGCUGGUCGAAAGCGUUGACGGCGACGUCGAGGGCUACGUGGACGUGAUCCGCUACGCCAUCCUCCAACUCCCCAAGAAGAAGACGACAGCCACCUGUCCGUCCUUUUUUUCCUUGCGCAAGCAGGCAGAACGAGGUAACGCCAUCUUCCGGUACUGGCAGAAUGGCCUGAGGAAGACCAUGCCGUUGACAGAGUUUGCCGGCGAAGGAUGGAGCGUCGACCCACGAGGAAAGGGGAGCGACGGCGACGAACUCACAAAGGAGAACUGCGUGCUUGACCUGUCCGAGUAUGCUUACAUCGCCCCUGACCGAAAGACAGUCACGCUAGCGUGUGGUUGCAAUCCGGACACGGCCCUGUGCAACAGGUGCAGGUGCAAGAACAAGAAGUGCUCGCUCGCUUGCGGCUGCAGAAAUCGUUGCACCCUACGGCGGGCGGUGCCGGCACCCCGUGCGAGCAGGCGGGAGGUCUGCGUCACGGCCUACAAUUAUUGUCGUCAGUCAUCCGAAAAAACACCCACGGAGAGGUGCGCGCAUCCCGCUUUAGUCUAG